CAUACCCCAUCAUCCUUAGUUUUCUUGUAGGCUAAAUAAUAAAUCAUUUUUAUACCUUGUAUUUUUGUCAUUUUGAGAUUGCUUCUAAGAAAGACACUGAACUGAACUUUUGUAGCCAAGGUUAACGUUUGUAAUUUCUUUCUGUAUUAACUGAAAUACAUGUUGCACCUUGGCCUCUUAAAAAGCUUAUCCAGGAUGCCCAGUCUCAAAUUUGCACAGCUCUAAAAUAAACUAUACAUUUACAAGGAUGUCCAGGUUUAGUUUAGUUUAUUGCAAAAUGUUUCUCCCUCACAUGUGUUCAAGCAGUUGAUUACCCCACUCCUGUGUUUCAUUGGUUGAUUUCCCUUGUCUGGGCAGCAUGUACAUGCAGCUGUUUCCUUAUCUUAAGCCUGUUUUUUUUUUUUUUUUGGCCCGUGAAUAAUGCAGUUUCUGACUUUUCCCAAGUCUUUCUGUAUGGACUUCGACUUCUGUCCAGUUCAUGACCUUUAACUGGUCACUAACUGGUCUCUACCAGCUUGAUAUCAGUCUGUUGACUAAACUCUAAGCGUUCGGGUGGGAAUUUCCCAAGAUUUUGUCUUGUCACCACAAAGUGAGAACUGUCAUUGUAGUAGUUUGUUGCAGGCAAAUGUUUUUGCCUAUUUCUAUGAAACCAUUUGUGAGUAUUUACAGUGAUACCAGAGUCAAGUUAAUACUAACUCACUGGUUUACAAGUUCUGAUUAACAGAAGUCCAACAAUGUGAUAGUCUUAUGGUUGAAAGGUCAAGCUCUCAACUGAGCUACUGAAAAUCAGACGAUCCCAAUAAUUUUCUACAACUUUACUCUUUGGGACAUAGAAACUUUCGCGUUUAAACAAAGCAGAACUCGGGCCGAAGCAAAGCGUGCUGUGAUUGAAUCACUCUCCAACUCAGUGUGGUAAUUUGAGGGUUACACGUAGGAAAGGACUGAAGAUACCGAGCAUGAGAGUUAAAGGUCCUGAUUAGCAGAGUCAAUAAGAGCUCACUUGUGAUGAGCUGACGCAGUGCAAUUUCACAGUCAGGCUAAAACCAGGAUACGCGACCUGUUCUCUCCAAUCAUCUGGCUGUCUCUGCAACAAGCAGGUCGACUGAAGCCCUAGUCUGGUCACCUUCCACCUACCUCAACACAAUGCCUCGCCGUCGCUGCUCCGUUGAGAUCAGGAACAACACAAACUCCUACACUCUUUCCAACCCAAGGGUCUACACUCUGAGCGGCUUCUGCCAGGUCCCUUUCCCUCCGAUGGUCGGCCCCUGCUCUGCCGUCAAGGCUCGCUUCAACAAGACGACAGGCCUGGCGAGUGGCGCUGUUGGUGUUUUCACUUAUGACCUUUUCAAUGCCGAGUUGAACGACUACAACCACGUCGUGGCCGUCAUGUUCUCCGUGCCCUAUGACAGGGUCCUUUUUUCCAACUGGCUUGCUGUGGGAAUCUUUAAUAAAGGUAGAAAAUGUGACCGCAGCCUUUUUGACAAGAUGUACAACAGAGGUGAGACCGACUUUGUUAGAGGAAAAGCUGACGAACCUGGCCUUUUUUACGAGGGCGACUACGUUAUUCUCAGUGCCUCCAUGACAGACUCGAGCGAAGCCGUCCUGACAGUGGAGAUCAGUGACACUGGAUUGUAUUAAGUCUUUGAUGUGAUAACUUACUGUAUAAUGUGAUCGCCUGUAUUCCUAACAAAUCAAUGAAUCACUGAUACAGCUGAAAGCGGAGCUUGAAGUUAAGAGCAAAUAUCUGCUGAGGCUCAUUUGUCACAUUAAAUCCUUUUUCUCAGGUUUUAAACGUACCAUCCCUUAAGCCCACAUUUCUGUAAUUAUUUUUAUGUUUGCCUGAUGUAACACUUUUAAACUAUAUAUAAUUUCUGCCAUCCUACAGUCACUUUCAUCUUUCCUGUUGUGGGAAAACUAUUAUCAAAGAAAACUCUGCAGAAAUUCAUUUCGUCUGUCGAGUAUUCCUCAUUUCACACCACAGGCUGAAACACACAAAAUUUCUUGUGAUUCUGAUUGUAUGAAUUUUGAAUUCAUAAUUCUCCCCAAGAGUAGAAAGUCAGUCUUCUGAAUAAUAAUAAUAAUAAUAAUAAUAAAAAAAAUCAGAAUAU